CGCCCAUCGAAUGACCUUCCAGAUUGAAGAAGACCCGGGGAGAAUUAUAUACCCGGUUCUUGACCAAGUUCACGAUCUACCUAUCUUUGAGGUUAGUUAUCUAGAAGACGAAGAGGCCAUCGCCCCAACCGUCUCCAGGGUCCGUUUCAAGCAGAAUCGGUUUGCAUAUAAAAAGAUCGACCGCCCUAUCUAUAUACCAGAAGACACACAUUAUAUCAUGAACGAGAUUACCGCCCUCGCACAAUUUCGCGGACAGCCAAACAUUGCACAACUAAUCGGCCUUGUAAUAUCUGAUAAUCCUUACAAGACUCAUCGAUCAACAAUCUCCUCGCCGGUUAUCACAGGAUUCCUCCUUGAAUACUAUCCUGUAGGCUCUCUUGAGCAAGUUCUAUCGGAGAAUAAAGACCUAGAUGAUUUAUUGCUAAGUCGAUGGGCAAUACAGACUGGGAGGGCAUUGGAAAUAUUGCACACACAGCAACGGACUCAUCUUGACAUCAAACCAUCGAAUGUCGUUCUUGACGCGAAUAAGAAUGCUAUCCUUAUCGAUAUCAGUGGAACUGGUGGGUAUGAAUGGGAAUGGCUCUCGCCAGAGAUGCAAAAGAUCAUUCAAAGAAGCAUUGAAACGGUUCCCGCUAGCACGUCAUUCGACACACGCGUCGCUACAGACUGUUGGGCUUAUGGAAAGCUACUUUUGACUAUGGCCAGGAAAAUGGGCACCAGUAGAUUUGGCGAAAAGUUACAAUCUAUUGGCGAUGACCUGACAAACACGGAUCCCAAAGCUCGCAUUUCACUAAGCGACGCUCUCGAAAGGAUAUGGGGUCAGGAGUAAGAAUAAUGGCGAGUUGUUCUCCUCAGAUCUGUAAUAUAUACAUGGAAGAUACGUCUUUGGUUGUCAAGCUAGUAUGGAUUGUUUCAGUACAUCAAGAACCCUGAGAGUCUAGAAGAAUCGACGUUUCUUACCUCGUCUCAUAUGCCUCGUUAAAUGCAUCUAUUCUAGUCAAGGGAAGUCGUCGCCGGCCAGGGAAGUGAGACAAAUACAUCCUGAGAGACCCCGGCGACUGUUUCAGCUCACCCUAGGUGUGGAAGAUUCAGGCUACCGCAGUGAGUUUGCAUUAGCAUUACGUGCU